AUGUCUUCUAAAUCGGUGCCGUACGGUCAUUGGAAGAGCCCGCUCACUGCAGAGCUUUUGGCGGGCUCCAGCAUAUCGCUUCAAGAAGUCGCUGUCAAUGAAAUUACGGGGGCAAUCUACUCAAUUGAAUGCCGACCCAACGAGGGUGGUCGCUUUGCUAUUGUGCGGCAUCUCAACGGGCACACUAAGGAUGUUCUGCCCAAAGAGUUGAGCGCCCACGCCACGGUGCAGGAACUCGGCGGUGGCUCCAUUUCUAUGAGACCUGACGGCCAGAUUCUGUUUUCGGAUGAAACUUCCUGCAGCAUCUAUCUUUUGGACCCGGAAUCGAGUCAUGUCAAGCUCAUCCUCGAAGCACCCAAGGGUAUUCGCUAUGCGGAAUUCAACACCCACCCGAAAAACUCGGAUUGGAUCAUUGCAAUCAAGGAAGAUCACCGCGAGGCUACCCCAGAGACCCAGGCCACCCACGUCCACAAUACACUUGUGGCAAUUGAUAUCAAAACCGGGCGAGGAACCACCAUUGCCCAAGGUGAUGAUUUCUACUCCCAUCCCAAAUUCGAUCCCUCUGGUAAAUAUGUUUCCUGGAUCCAAUGGUCCCAUCCGGAUAUGCCAUGGACGGGCACUUUGCUUCACAUGGCAGAGUGGGCCAGUGGAUCUCUGCAUAAUGAUACUUUCAUUGCUGGAAAAGCGAUGGCGGAGAGUAUCGCGCAGCCUAAAUGGGGCUUGGAUGGGCUAUUGUACUUUGCCAGUGACCGGACUGGAUUUUGGCAACUGUACUCAUACGAUCCGAAGAACGCCAAUAUUCGCAGUCUUUCGCUCAAUGGCCUGGAAAAUGCUGAUUUCGCCAUUGCGGAAUGGGAACUUGACGAAAGGACAAUAGUGGCAACGGCCAUCACUCACGCCACUAGCAAGAUUGUCCUAAUUGACACCGUUGAUCUGUCUGUGCGAGACUUGGGUCUCCCCUACGUGGACAUUGGAUUCCGUGCCAACGGAAUUUACCGCGUAUCAUCAAACAGCUUCGCAGUCGUUGCUGCUUCAGCAACCUCAUUCCAAGAACUGGCCCUGGUCUCAAUUGCGCCCUCAUUUGAAACGCAAACAAAAGUUCUCACCUCAACUGCCUCAUUUGACCUCGCACCCGAGUAUAUCUCUCGUGCUCAAGAAUUCACUGCCCCUCAGAAGUAUGGGCCACGAUGCGAUGGCCAAGUGCACAUCCGAAGCGUCAACUCCUCCCCUGUUCUAGUCUACGUCCAUGGAGGACCCAAUGCAAACGUUACCCCAGCUCUGAAUCUGGAAAUUCAGUUCUAUACCACUCGCGGCUUCGCCGUUUGCGCUGUCAACUACACCGGGUCUACGGGCUUCGGACGCGAGUAUCGGGAGCGACUAUCGGGGUACUGGGGCCUGGUUGACACGGGAGAUGCAGUCAGCGCAGUCAAGUAUCUCGCCAAAGAAGGAUUAAUCGAUGGAGCCCGCGUCGGGAUCUAUGGUGGUAGUGCCGGUGGCUACCUGACCCUGCAAGCCCUGCACAUGUAUCCCGAUGUAUGGGCCGCUGGAAUCAGUUCCUACGGAAUUAGUGACGUGAAGAUGCUGCAGGCUGAUUCGUACAAGUUUGAGAGCCAAGAUGUGGACCGGUUGCUGCUGUCUAAGACGGAGCAGAAGGACAGGGAAGAGGAGCUGAAGAAGCGAAGCCCGUGCUUCUUCGCAGAGAACAUCAAGGCACCGCUUCUCCUUCUCCAGGGAACUGUGGAUGUGGUGGUCCCGUUGGCACAAGCUUGGAAUAUGGCUCAAGCGAUGCAUGCUCAUGGUAGAGUUGCGGAGGUGGUUGAGUUCCCCGGCGAAGGCCAUGGGUGGCAUGGGCACACGGCUAUUCUUGAGUCUUUCAAGCAAAAAGAGAAUUGGUGGAAGCGCCACCUCGCCUAA